GACAUACUUCUCUUAUGGCCGACUUCCAACUACAUCGACCCGGUCACACACGGUCCGGCUUUGCUCAUUGUCAACCUAAUCUGUAUCACGCUGGUCGCUAUUGCGGUUAUAGGUCGGCUAUACUCGAGGCUAGUAAUAAAGCAGUGGUAUGGCGCGGAUGAUUCCCUGAUCAUCCUGUCACUUGUACGAUACCGCCAACCCUGCUGAGGCUUGCAACAAGAGCUACAGCUGAUGUAGAGCUAUUAGAUCUUCACCAUGGGCAUGACUAUUGUGGUCAUCCUCGCGAACGAGGCAUACGGCUGGAAUAGACACGAAUGGGAUAUUCCAGCAGGAAUGAUCAUUGGCGCCAACAAAAUUGCCUUCGUCGCCAAACUCAUGUUCACGCUCGCGGCCACCUUCACAAGACUGUCACUCAUUUGCUUCUACUACCGCCUCGUCAAAGACACCGGUAUGACGUGGUUCAGAUGGGUGCUGCACGCUAGCGUAGCCUGGAGCAUUGCCGUCUGCAUCCAAUUCGUUUGCGAGACAAUCUGGCUUUGCGUCCCUAUCGAAGCGUAUUGGAUCUACCCUCCCAUGCCAAACAUCCGUUGCCUCGAUGAAGGCAAAGUCAUGCUCGGUGGUGGCAUAAUCAACUGCUUUUCGGACCUACUUACUACCGUCCUGCCGAUCCCCAUCGUUGUGCGCCUGCAAAUGCCGCUUCGCCAGCGCGUCGGUGUCUGCCUCCUCCUCUGCCUAGGCUUCAUCGUCACCGUCGCUGGUGUCGUCCGCACGUUUUACAUCUGGAAGUCGCUCAUCGCAGACUACGACGAGACGUGGUUUGCUUACCCGCUGUGGAUCGCCGCGGCGGUGGAGAUAGAUCUUGCGGUAAUAUGCGCCUGUGCGCCGGCAUGGAAGAGUCUGCUGGCAAGACCUAUCGCGAAGCUCUCGAGUAAGCUGUCCAGCCUGCGAAGCCCGCCGAAUUCUGCAGGGACGCCGUCAUCGACUUCGAAAGGCAAAGCCUCGACGCUCUUCUUCAACCCUUUACGGAGUCUGCCUUGGUUCCAGAUUACUCGCCUGGAGUUCGAAGCAAGCCGAAAUCAAACUCAACUAGAGAAAGGCUCCGCCUCCGUUCACGAAGAAGAGGACAACCUGCCACCUCCGCGCCCGUCCUCCCGCGCCCCUCGUAUUCCCUCAGACCAAUUCCACUUCGAUUUCAGCAGCGACCCCGGCGCACGGGAGUUUCGACAUUCCGAAAUCGUUCCCUUGCCCUCUCCUUCACAUUCAGAUGAUGACGACAUGGCCAUUCGGCCCGCCACACCGGGCACGCCGUCGUUGAUGAUCAUGAAACGGCAGUCAGUGGAGCAAAAGAGCUCGUACCUCGGCCCAAACCAUGCGAUACCACCUCACCCACGAGGUGGGAGUAGUCCACGCAGGUCGAUGGGGCUGCUAAAGCCGGGACAGUGAGUCAAAUGAAAGCCAUAAGCCUUGGUUGCUCUUUGAGAUGAUGCUAAUGGAGGCACCUAUCGCUUUAGGUGGUUCGGAGAGAGUAAGACUCUCAUCAAGAGCGGAGGUGAGAGGAAUGGUCCACUGACAAAGAAAUGGCCAAGAAUUGAAGAAGCUAGGGGUGCAUGCGACAUGAGUGUGAAGGGAACUUACUGUUGAGCUGUGACGAGAUACCGUGUGCAGCUUCUUGCUGUGUUGUUAGCGGCAGCAUUUGGAGAUUAUGUAGGUUACAACCAUUCGUCAGCGCAGAUAUGCACCAAGAGAUGUCGCGCUAGAGUUUGGCGAGGUGGUCCAGAGGGUGGGGACAUUGCCAUUCCUCAGAGCGAACGGGGAAAGAACACAACAAACAGGACAUUUUGGGAUGCUAGGUACACUCACAUUCCGCAGUAAGUCGCUAGCUUGGCCACUGCAGAAGUCCCGAU